AUGUUACUUUCCAACUUAAUUCUUCUUCCUUCAAGCCUUGCAUCGCCGCUACUAGACCCGAUAUUAAACCCCAUCAUUGACAGUAUCUGGACUUCACAAAGCGGUCUCACGAAGACACUCUUAGGAAGUCUUACAGGUACACUUGGCGUUGGACAGUCUUAUGAUUAUGUCGUCGUUGGCGGUGGCACAGGCGGCAACACAGUCGCAUAUCGUUUAGCGCAAGCCGGCUUCACUGUCGCAAUCAUCGAGGCGGGGGAAUCGUACGAACUAGGCAAGCCAAUUGUCGGACCUGCACCCUUAGGUGACAUUAUCGGUGUGGGUUCAAAUCCAGCUGACAGUAUCCCAACCGUUGAUUACGGUUUGAGGACAGUCCCGCAAGCUGGCGCGGGAGAUCGUCAGAUGCAUUACGCGCAGGGCAAGUGCCUUGGUGGCUCUUCAGGCCUGAAUUUCAUGAUCCAUCAUCGCCCAAACCGAGGGGCUUUGGAUGCGUGGGCAGACGCUGUUGGGGAUGAGAGCUACACGUUCGACCAGUUUCUCCCCUACUUCAAGAAAAGCUUUACUUUCACGCCACCGAAUCAAGAGACACGUCUGGCUAAUGCCACGACAGCCUACGUGGAGAAUGACUUUGACACAUUGCCAGAUUCGCCAAUCCAGGUCACAUACGCUAACUGGACACCUGUCUGGUCGACGUGGGCAGCUAAGGGACUAGCGGCCCUUGGGAUGAAAUUGACGGACAAGUUCAAUCAAGGUGUCCUAAAUGGGUAUCAUUAUGCGCAAACCACCAUAGAUCCGACCGCCCAGGUCCGGUCUAGCUCAGCCGAGUUCAUCUACGCGGCAAGAGAUGCGAAGAUGGGUAAUAAGCUCAAAGUAUACUUGGGCUCGAGAGUUAACAAGGUACUUUUUAAUGACAACAGAACUGCCACUGGCGUUGAAGUUGCCGGAGCAGGACUGCUGAAGUACACCAUUUCUGCCAGGAAAGAGGUGAUUCUUUCGGCUGGUGCUGUACACACCCCGCAGCUGCUCAUGCUGUCUGGUAUCGGCCCUGCAAAACAUCUCGCUGAGCAUGGGAUAGACGUACUGGUGGACCGCCCUGGCGUAGGGCAGAACAUGACCGAUCAUGCACUUUUUGGGCCUACGUACGAAGUGACCUUUGAUACCCUGAACAGGGUCAUUGGAGACCCUAUUGCCCUUGCAAAAGCUGUGGCAGAAUAUGCGCUGACGCAAACCGGGCCAUUAACAACGAAUGUUGCUGAGUUCCUGGCAUGGGAACGGAUGCCCAGUAGCGCCAAUCUCAGCCAGUCGACAUGGGAACGGCUGCUUCAAUUCCCGGAUGAUUGGCCCCAUAUUGAGUAUUUCCCGGCAGCGGGUCAUAUUGGGGCGUUCAAUAUUCCAUGGCUGGACCAGCCAAAAGAUGGAAAGAUGUAUGCGUCCAUUCUCGCCGCGUUAGCUGCCCCACUUUCUCGGGGCAAUAUCUCACUCGCCAGUGCUUCUCCUGCGGAUAGCCCGUUAGUCAAUCCAAACUGGCUAACCCACCCGGGCGAUGUUGAGGUCGCCAUUGCUCUGUACAAGCGCACGCGCGAGAUUUUCAAUACGGAGGCAAUUCGAAGUAUCCGCGCAAGUGAUGCUGAGUUCUGGCCUGGCUUGGAUGUGAAGACAGAUGAGCAGAUUUUGCGCAAUAUUCGCACGAGUGUGAUGGCAGUCAUGCACGCAUCAUGUACUGCGCGGAUGGGACGCGUUGAUGACCCAAACGCAGUGACAGAUCAUUUGGCAAGAGUAAUUGGAGUGCAUGGUUUGAGGGUUGUAGAUGCUAGCUCCCUCGCGUUGCUACCUCCAGGGCAUCCUCAAGCGUUGAUUUACGCCCUAGCUGAGAAAAUUGCGGAUAAUAUAAUCAAAGCACAGAUGUAA